CGCAUAAAUCAUAAUUUCUAAACCUUUUGCUUUGUUUUUUUUUUACUUCUUUAUUAUUAUUAUUACUAAAGCCAUGCUGUCCACUAUUCCGGCCGAUAUCUCAUCCGGUUCAUUGGUCGACUACGAUCCAUUCCUAUAUUUCGAAAGCGGCUUCACGCUGCCGUGGGAUUGCUCGGAACUUUUUAAUACAACCCAAUCAAUACAGCCAGCGGGAUCGGGUUCUGGUUCAGACGAAACAAACCAAAACCGAACCAACUCGAACUCUAGUUUAGAUGAACCGAACCAGGCACUUUCUGUCAUCGAGGAACGAAAGAGGAGGCGUAUGAUAUCGAACAGGGAAUCAGCGAGGAGGUCACGGAUGCGUAAACAGAAGCAUUUAGAAAACCUAAGGAACCAGGUCAACCGGCUUAGAGUCGAGAAUCGAGAACUGAACAACCGGUUGAGGUUGGUUCUGUACCACUGUCACAGUGUAAGGACGGACAAUGAUCGGCUCCGGUCCGAAUACAGUAUGCUCCGACAAAAACUUUCGGACAUACGUCAAAUUUUGCUAUUCAAGCAACUGCAGCAAUUUUCACCUGCAUGAACAUGCUAUAACGUUAACGCCAUAUCCGAACAGAACUCAUCAUUAGUCACUUAAUAUAUAUUGAACUUGCAAUAAUGGCAUCAUAAUUCGAGA